UACUCCACCUUGGCACCUGAUCUCAGUUCUGGUAAUUUCAAGAGUGUCUGUUAUUAGCGCUGAUCCCUGCCCAGGUGACUGGGUCCACCACGAAUCCUCAUGUUACGCCUUCAUCACUGGAGCCCCGGACGGAUGGACGGAGGCAAUGCUAUACUGUCAAGCCCUCCAGGCCAAGCUGGUAGAAGUGGAAACAUCAGAGGAGAAUAGUUACCUUCGUCUUCAUCUGUUUGAUAUAGGAAGACAGUCGUCAGUUGAUUUUUGGAUGGGGAUGACAGACCUAGUAGCGGAGGGGCACUGGCGCUGGAUGUCGACUCAAUCGAACGCGACCUUCAUGGACUGGUACCCGGGGGAACCAAACAAUGGCAAUGACGAGGACUGUGCCACUUUUGGAAUCAAUUACUCGUGGCACUGGAACGAUGUAGAUUGUACAGCCAAAAUGAACUACAUUUGUGAAAAAAGCAUAAAGGAAGAAGUAUCAGUCAUUGGAUAAGAGGAAUGGAGAGUUGUGGCAAAAUAAAAAAAGUUACAAUCAUUUCUUGUAAACCAAUCAAUAAAACAUUCAUGACUAUU